UUUCCUCCUUUUUGGCGAUAUGAAAAAUUCCUUUAAAAAUGUUUUGGCACUAAAUUUACCGUUCAUUGCAAGUCAAAUAGUAAAAUCUGUUUUAAAAUCCGUUGACAAUAGUGAUUCCGAUGAUUUCAAUAGUUUAUAUAAAUGGUGCGAUAUUCGCGAUGCAUUUAGAAAAGCAAAACAAACAAGAAAACCGAUAUUUCUUUUAAUUCACAAUUCAUGGUGUCCGGCGUGUAGAAAAUUGAAAAAUAAAUUUACAAAAUCAUUGAGAAUUAUUGAUCUUAGUAAAAAUUUCAUCAUGGUGAAGGUGAAUAAUAAGGAGGAUAUCGUGAACAAUAGGAAAAAAUUUUAUCCCGAUGGAAAGUAUAUACCGAGAAUUCUUUUUUACGCACCGGACGGGAUAUUGAUUAAAGAAGCAUAUAAUAAAAGUUUAGAUACUGAUUCUAAUAAUCGUUACUAUUACAAUACAGCAGCGCAAAUUAUUGACACUAUGAAUUUUGUUUUGAAAUUAAUUUCGGAAGAAGAAAGUCCCGAGGAAUAUAGAGAGGAGAAUAAUGAUCAAAAAUUUCCUGAACCCAUUGUUGCCUAA